CGCGGGGGGCUGCGACGGGUGUUGGCGGGUAUAGACGUUACGCGCGGGUUCUCGGGGGGGUUAAUUCAGCCCUCCGCCGGGAAUAGAGAGGUGGUCGCGGAGAAGGUGGGCCUCGUUUAACUGCUGGCCCCCUUUUGCCUCUUCCCGGCCCGAGGGAGCCGAGCGGGGCCCCCCCCGCGUACAAGAAGGAGAACGAGUGUCUGAGGCGGUGCACGUGUGAACGCAGGUGACAGCUCGGAGACCAGCACUUGCCCUGUCCGGCUCAGGAAAGAAGAUGGUAACCAUGCUUAGCUUAUGAAAACGCCUGCUUGCAUCUUAAUACACAAUGUCCCUGCUCUUCAUUCGCUCUAAGUCCAUCAUCGCGAGCAAAAAGGACAAGAGACACAUGGCGGAAGUCAGUGCCUCCCCCCUGAAGCAUUUUGUCACUGCCAAGAAAAAAAUAAAUGGCAUCUUUGAACAGUUGGCAGCUUACAUCCAGGAGAGCUCCGUGUUUCUGGAAGAAACGCACAAGAACGGUGAGCUUGACCCGGUCACCACAGAAGAGCAGGUGUCCGAGGUCAAGGGCUACCUGUCCAAGGUCAGCGGGAUCAGCGAGGUGCUGGCCAGGCGGCAUAUGAAGGUGGCUUUCUUUGGGCGGACGAGCAAUGGGAAAAGUACGGUGAUUAACGCCAUGCUGUGGGAUAAGGUCCUUCCCUCUGGGAUCGGCCACACCACAAAUUGCUUCCUGAGAGUGGAGGGGACGGACGGGCAGGAGGCCUUCCUCCUCACCGAAGGCUCCGAGGAGAAGAAGAGUGUCAAGACGGUCAACCAGCUGGCUCACGCCCUCCACCAGGACGAAUUGCUUACUGCCGGGGGUCUGGUCAGCGUCAUGUGGCCGAACUCCAAGUGCCCUUUGCUCAAGGAUGAUCUCGUUUUGAUGGACAGCCCUGGAAUUGACGUCACCACCGAGCUGGAUAGCUGGAUUGAUAAAUUCUGCUUGGAUGCGGAUGUGUUUGUGUUGGUGGCCAACUCUGAGUCGACCCUGAUGCAGACGGAGAAACAGUUCUUCCACAAAGUCAACGCUCGCCUCUCUCGGCCAAACAUUUUCAUCUUGAAUAACCGCUGGGACGCUUCGGCAUCCGAACCGGAAUACAUGGAGGAGGUUCGCCGGCAACACAUGGAACGCUGCACCAGCUUCCUGGUGGACGAGCUGGGCGUGGUGGAUCGUGCCCAGGCUGGCGACCGCAUCUUUUUUGUCUCUGCGAAAGAGGUCCUGAACGCCCGCAUCCAGAAGGCGCAGGGUAUGCCCGAAGGAGGUGGGGCCCUGGCGGAGGGUUUCCAAGUGAGGAUGUUUGAAUUCCAGAAUUUUGAGCGAAGAUUUGAGGAGUGCAUCUCGCAGUCUGCGGUCAAGACCAAGUUUGAGCAGCACACGGUCAGAGCGAAGCAGAUUGCCGAGGAGGUCCGGCACAUCAUGGACUCCGUCCACGUGGCCGCGCAGGAACAGAGAGUUUAUUGCCUGGAGAAGUGGGACGACCGCCAGGAGCGCCUGGGAUUCAUAGAGAAACAGCUGGACUUGCUCUCUCAGAGCUACAAACUGAAAAUCAAGGAACUCACGGAAGAGGUUGAGCGCCAGGUUUCCAACGCCAUGGGCGAAGAGAUCAGGAAGCUCUCGGUGCUGGUGGACGAGUUUCAGCUGGAUUUCCACCCUUCCCCGGUGGUCCUGAAGGUGUAUAAGAACGAGCUGCAUCGACACAUCGAGGAAGGCCUGGGCCGAAACAUGUCAGAUCGCUGCUCCAGUUCCAUCGCAGCUUCUUUGCAGAUCAUGCAGCAAGAAAUGAUCGACGGCCUGAAGCCGCUCCUCCCCGUCUCGCUGAGGGGGCAGAUCGAGCUGCUGGUGCCCAGGCAGUGCUUCGCCCUCAGCUACGACCUGAACUGCGACAAGCUCUGCGCCGACUUCCAGGAAGACGUCCAGUUCCAUUUCUCCCUCGGCUGGACGAUGCUGGUGAACCGGUUUCUGGGGCCCAAAAAUACCCGCCGGGCUUUGAUGGGCUACAGCGAGCAGGUCCAGCGUCCGUUGCCCCUGACCCCAGCGAACCCAAGCUUGCCCCCCAUGCCACAGGGUUCCUUGACUCAGGAGGAGCUGAUGGUCUCCAUGGUGACCGGCUUGGCCUCCCUCACCUCCAGGACUUCGAUGGGCAUCCUGGUGAUCGGUGGAGUGGUCUGGAAGGCGGUGGGCUGGAGGCUGAUCGCCCUCUCCCUGGGCCUCUACGGACUCCUGUACGUCUACGAGCGCCUCACCUGGACCACCAAGGCGAAAGAGCGGGCCUUCAAGCGCCAGUUCGUGGAGUACGCCGGAGAGAAGCUCCAGCUCAUUGUCAGCUACACCGGCUCCAACUGCAGCCACCAAGUGCAGCAGGAACUGGCGGGAACUUUUGCUCAGCUCUGCCAGCAGGUGGACGUGACAAGAGAAGAUUUGGAGAAAGAAAUUGCAGGCCUGAAUCAAAAGAUUGAGAUUUUGGAUACUUUACAGAGUAAAGCCAAAUUGCUUAGGAAUAAAGCUGGAUGGCUGGACAGUGAGCUGAACAUGUUCACACAUCAAUAUUUGCAGCAGAGCAGAUAAGCAACUGAAAUGGGAGUCCAGGAGAGGCUGUCUGUCCCUCCCUCCCCCAGUUACGCUACUGGGAAAACAAUUCCAGAUGAUGGGAACUUUGGGGGGAGAAAGUGGAAAGUCUCGUUCGUCUUUGCGCCUGCCCCUUCCACGCACAGAGUUAUUUUGAAAUUCCUUUCCUUUCUCCUCACGUGGGCGCUUUUCCUUGUGGCCAGUCUUUGCUAUCUUAGCAAUUUUUUUGGGCUUAGUAGGAAGAACGUUGACGUCCCCAACGGUGGGCUGGCAUGUCCAGUCCUGGAUCUAAUCCCCCUUACUCGUUUUAUUUUAGCCAUCAAUGAAUUUGCAUUUUUUUUUUUAGUGGUUAUGGAAUGAAAUUAACCCCCAAUGCCUGCUUGCCACAAAUGAAUGACCUUGUUCCUCCCAAAGGGAAUCUUAAUCAUAAUUUAUAGGACAAAACUGGGUACAACCCAGAUAAAUUCAGAUGUGGGCUGAGCUUGGCUUCUGAAACAAAUCUUUGGUUGAGUUUCUUCAACCUUCUAAUCCCAUCCCCUCCUUUACAUGCUUGUGACAUAGCAAGUUGGUUAAACUUUCGGUCUUUCUGUCCUGAUCCUCAGAUUGUUAUGAUCACCAUGUCAUUUCCUGCAGCUUUUGCCCUAAAUAAAACAGCCCUUGUAAAGGAGCUAGUCCUUAUGAAGUUAACCGAGUUAACUUCAAACAGUAAUAAAUUUAUUAGCAGGUGUGUGCAGGUGGGCUGAGAGUGAUGCAUGAAGUUAAAUGGAUGAAAUGUAAGACAUGAUUCGGAGGGAGAAAUUGGACAAUUGCAUUUUGUGAUUCCUUCAAGCGAGGGACAAUAGAAUUAUCAGCUGUAAUGGAUUUUGAUGACUUGAUUGCUUCUUUAUUUCUCUUCUUGCUCUUCCUUUGUUUAUGAUCCUUUCUGCAAUUGUCUCUUAUACCUUUUAAUUGUUAUUUUUUUGGGGGGGGGGUUAUGAGGACCUUGCUCCCUUUCAAUCCAGCCCCAUCCCUUUCAAAAUUCACUUUCCAAAAUGCGCCUCAAUUGGCAGAUACGUAAUUUCCUCCUGGCUCAAUUGGGGGCCCACUCGGGGCAUCGGUUUGUAGAGGGGGCAUGCACAGGGGGUAGGUUGUGCCAGCCCAGUCUCUGCAGAGGUCACAAUUGGGAUCAUCCCAUUUUUUUGGGACCGAAAGACCCUCUAGUUAGUACCCUGGUUUUUCUACCUUGGUACCUUGAAGAUGCGUGGACUUCAACUCCCAGAAUCCCUGAGUCAACCGGCUAGAGAAUUCUGGGAGUUGAAGUCCACACGUCUUCAAGCCGUGGCACUUAAAUGCCUCCUCCGUGUGAUUGAGAAAUGUCUUCCCAUUGGGGUCUGGGGGUCUAUUUCUCCUUCCUUUCCUCCUCAUUCCGAGGUGGGGAAUUUCAUUCUCUUUCCAGCCAGCUCAGCCAAAUUUUUGAGAAUGUGAUCAUUUGGGCCACCGAUCGGUCAUAAGCAUGGACCCUUAAAACGCUGAGGGUUAGUUAACAAGAGUCUCCCCAAAAUGCACUUUACCUUUUCUUUUAAAUGCUAGUUUUGGUGUUGUUAUUUUGAUUUCUAGCCAGGUCUUCAAAAUCCUCCCGAUGGUGUUUUUCUGUUUUAUUUUAGGGCUGUAGGAUUUGGGAAUAAUGAUGCUAUUACUGUUUUUGACCUGAUCAAAUUGUUUCUGGCUGCAUCAGUGCUGUUAAUAACCACAAAACGGAAUUAAAAAGGAACAAACAGACGGAAA